AUGAGCGAUCCUGCCAGCGAAAUAGUCCACAUCACUCAGGGCUACAUACCACUAUCCAAGGUUCUUACGCGACUCGCGCAAUCGACUCACAAUGCGCUCCAGGAUCAGAUUGCCGCACUGGCAAAGAUGCCUUUGCCUACUGCCGCCAUGAAUGGAAACUCGACGGUACCGAACAGCGACGUCGAAGACGGUUCUGGCGAAAACAUUGCCAAGAAGACAUCGAUACUGAACUUUGCUAUGAGGGAGCAUCGGAAAUGGGUUAAAGCGCUUGUGAUUACAGAAUGGAGUCGAAAGGCCGACAUGGUUAGCAAGCUUAUCGACCUGAGAUUUCACCUUCAAGGGCAAGAGGUCUUGUUCUCCGGGGCCCUUGAUGUUAUGGGUCACGUCAAAAGGGAUUUGACGUUUGCGAGAAUGCCAAGUCCUGAUCUGAAAACAGCCCUCCAAGUACUGUCAACUGGAGAGGCCGCUUGGAUGCCUGAUCUCUCCUACAUCGAGCCACCCCCCCUAACACGACAGGAACAAAUUCAAUGGAUCAGCGAUCUCGAUACUCAACUAUCAUUGCGACUUAACCUCGAAGAUUUCGACAAGAUCCCAUAUCACUUCAGAAACUACGAAAUCGAUUCCGGCCGAGUAACAUUUAAAGUUGCGGGAGAAUUCGAGGUUGAUCUCACAAUCGCAGACGAAGAUUUCGAGAAACAGUUUUGGUUCAUCGACUUCCGGUUCGCUUUUGAACCAGCAGCAUCUUCGAUUCCCGACGGUCUAAAGAAUUACCUAGAGGGGCAGGUAAAUGAUAUCCUCAGCAAAGACGGACUGUUAGGCUGCUAUCAAUUCCUACACGAACUGGUCCUCACACAUAAGCUCAACGAGCUCAAGAGACAAGCAAGUCAACUCAGCAGAGGUUCAUGGACGGGAACCCUCAAGGUCGAGCCACUCAAUCGAGCGUUGGCAAUUCAAUAUUGGACUUCGCGCACACAGCUUGGUAGUCCGAAGAGUUGGAUCUUAGUCGCCGUCAAUAGCGGCCGGAAGCUCAAUGGCCAACCUGAUCCCAAGGCCUCAAGUCACUUGGUGGCGAAAUGGUAUCGAGACAAUAAGGAGGUGAAGGACACGAAUAUUUCUUUCGACGCGGACAAUUUAUCAGCCGAGACCCUUCUGAAGACGGUUAUUGGCCGGCAUGUUGAAUUCCUUUUGGGCAGCAUACACAGCAGAUUGCAGGCCUUCCCUCGUUUCCAAAAUCGAGAUGCUGCUAUGAUUUUGAACAUCUCUCACGAUGAUCCCGCGACUUCAUUCUUAAGUAUGCAGGUCGGUUACAAAGAUAGCGCAUCCCUGCUUGUGGAGCCAACAACUGGUGUUUUCGCUGUCAAGCCUCAUUCGAAGUUCACUAUCCAACAUGAACAUUUAUUAAAUAACGGAAAGAAUCCGGCGGAUGACGGCGCAGCUUGCUUGGAGAAUGUGAGAUGUGGAGUCAUGGAAGAUGAGCUUAUUCGCCGCGGAAGUACGACAGGCUGGACUACCAAGAAGAGUCCUUUGAGCAAGGAUGAGUUGAGAUCUUUGACCAAUACCCGCGAAUGGACCAAAACGAUUUGGCUUCAGAGAACUGGCUGGGACCCAAACUGGUUCGUUAUGGUCAUGCUGAGUCCGAGCGGGGAUGCGUGGUGGCUUGUUGAUGUCCGAAACGCAAAUGGACAGUCGAAUCGCCUGUCAUCGAAGCUUCCUCUCAAUAAGGGCUAUCCUCAUCUUGAAGAUGAGUUCUGGAACAACCUAACCCUGUUCGCGACUGGCAUGAUUGCUCAGGCAGUGGACCAACACGAGCUUUAUCGGCACAACAUCAAGUUCCUACUGAAAGACACAAGAAAUUGGUCUCUUCCCCAGCAGGUCCGACUCCCGACCCUCGAAAUCUCUCUCUCAGACAUCUUCCCAUCCAUGGUCCCCAACGUGGCGGAGAAGAAUAAUGCAAAGGCUGCAAAUGAGUCCAGCACUGGUCCAGAGACCUCUAGGCUUGGACCAGUUGCGCCAACUGCAUCCACAUCGGGCAUUUCAACCAGGCAACCAUGGGCCGACAAUAUCGUCUCAAUCAGGUUUAAGGGUGUUGAGCCUGUCGACAAAGAAGCCUCUGGUGCAGGGGGUCCCAUCUCAGAUGUUGCUUUCAUGUGCGUUUCCGAUGCUAUCAUCAAGGUCAGCAAACCCGCCAAGUUCGCCAUGCUCAAGGGCCACAUGGUUGGUCGCGAUGUCUCUUGGAAAGCACGUACGGGCGAAUUUUGCUUACGAAUGCGCUCAAAUAUCGGACGCUCUAUCUUGGAGAACCUGAAGGCUCGGGUCAAAGCCGUGGAUCGGUUUGUCAGCUUCUUUGAAUCAUUGGAUAAGGCGAGGGGCUUUAUAAAGGCCGAGUCAGUGAGUUUGAAGGAGGUGACUUUCUCCUAUGGACCUCCAGCAUCGCAGGCGGUCGAGAACGCCGAAGCUUCGCGUCUCUGGAGAGUGGCGCUGGAUCUCUCCAACAAUGAUAUUGACAUCCAGGUGCAGGAGACUAAUCCUCACCUUCCAGUCACUGAUUUGAUGCAAAAGCUUGUCAAUGGUGCUAAUGGUAUUGGGGCUCUUAUGGACUGGCUCCCUGUGUCCCUACCAACCAUGGAAGCUUUCAAGAAGAUCAGGGAGGCAUGGUCCGACAUUGAAGCCCAUCGACAUGGACGGUUCAAGUUUGUAAUGAACUCAACGGAUGAGAUGUCAUUUGAGUACCUCCUUGCCGGCACUGGCCCUGGAAACCAACAGGUACAGCGCAGCAUCACAUUCCUCGGCCAGAUCAAGCAGCGUCGAGGUGAGCCGUGGUGGCAUAUCGAGCGGAAGAUUCCCUCUAGCGGCUUGCCUUCUUCCAAUGAUGAAUUUUCCGCAGCACUCAAGCCUGUUUGGGAUGGGAAGGGGGAUGACUGGCGUGGUCUUGUCACUGGAGCAGCAGGCCGACCAGAAAAUGGCAUCAUUGGCCUUCUUCUAGCCAUCGACGAAGCUAUCCGGCCACUGGCUGGCUCGACUUUCCAAAACAAAUCAGAGGUGGUCAUCUUGGAGUGA